AUCUAGUGAUCUUUUAGUUUGAAUUAAUUUGAAUCAAUUAUUAUUUGUUUAUUAAGUUGCUCAUCCGUCUACUAAAUGAAAACAGAAUAUUUAAUCACCAGUUAAAUCCAAUCAUUUGUUUAUGUCUUUAGUUAAAGUUCAAACAAUAUUAUCAUAUCAUAUGUUUUUUCCUUUGUCGGUGUCAGAAUUUAUCAUUUUUUAUUCUGAAUAAUUUACUUCAAUUACUUUACUACCAGUUUAUCAAGACUCAUCUAUAACAAUGGCAUUAAGGAAUCUUGUGGACAAGGAUUGUGGAGGCAAUAAUCCUUUGGUCAAUUUAACCCAGCAUUUCAAUUCAGACAAGAUAAAUCAUGGAUGGAACAAUGAAAACUUGACAGAACAUGGUCAAAAUGGUCUUAUUCCUGAACAAUUAGAAAGGUCGGAAAGAUUCAAUAUGGAAUCUUUAUUACAAACUUUAGGACCUGUUCAUAAUAAAAAUAAUCUAGAGUCAAUUAACAGACCAGAAUUAUCUCUCAAUAAUCAUCAAGUAGCUCCUAACAGUCAUAGUUGGCUGGAUGACUUUUUAUCAGCAUCUUCAUCAUCAACCUCCAACAUGGUCUCAUCCUCUUCAGCUCCUAUCUUGAAACAAUCAUUUUCUCAAUUCAAGAGUGAUAAAUCAUCUAAAUCAAUUAGACCAAUGCAAGUCAACUCAUUUCAAAGACCUUCUCUUGAACAAUGGGGACCAUUUAGAGGUGGACCUGGAUUUAAUGGCGGCUUCAUGAGACCACGAUUUAUGUCUAUGCUCCGACCUUCCACCAGUCUAUUCAAUCAACCACAAUUAGGAUCUAAACCAGCCAAGGAUUACUUAGAAGAUUUCCAUAAAAAUUUAGAAGAAGAAAAGGCAAAAGCUAGGAAUGCCGAGACUGCACGAAAAAGUUAUGAUACUUCAACUUUGCCUGAAGAGGCGAGGAAAUUUGUGGAGUCCAUGAGAGAUGACCCAGAAAUCCAGAACACUGACUUUCUCAAUUUUAUCCAAAAAAUCGGCAGUGGCGAGUAUCAAGUAACUGAUGAAGGAAUAAUUUCUAAUGAUACCGAUAAUUUAUCUCAAGCUUGGGCCCAAGAGUAUGCAACUGCUCAAGAAGUCUGGGAAGAUAAUGCUGUUCGCGAUGACCAAGAAUUUUGGGAUUCAUUAGCUACUGAUUGGGCCACUGAAUUUAAUCAGAAUUCAAUCCCUGACAUAACCGAAUUGCCAACUGAAUUUAUGCCCGAUAAUGAGGUAACCGCAUCCUCAACAGAGUAUAAAUUCAACUCUAACAAUCCAUAUCAAGAUUCUGUUGAUCCUUUCGCAGAAGGAUUGAAAAAACUGGAAGAAGGUGAUAUACCAUCAGCUGUGCUUCAUUUUGAAGCAGCCUGUCAAAAAGAUCCAUCACAAGCGCUGUAUUGGCAAUAUUUGGGGACAAGUCAAGCUGAAAAUGAGCACGAUUCGUCGGCAAUAUUGGCUUUAAAGAAAUGUUUACAACUUCAACCGGAUAAUUUAUCCGCUCUAAUGGCUUUAGCUGUGAGUCACACAAAUCAAUCUGAUGCUCGUGAAGCUUGUGAGAAUUUGUUCCUCUGGAUUAUCACGAAUCCACAUUAUUCAUCUUUAGUGCCAGAAGAAAAAAAGAAAACAGUCUUUUGUAAAAUAAUCUGUAUGUUGUUGGUUCGACUCGUUGAUGUAAGGAGACAAGAAUCAAUUAGAUAA